UCUGUACAAAUGGAAAUGUAAGGAACACGAGCCGUUUGUACACAUAGCUAACCCGACUAAUUGCAUCAUUAGCUCAAAGCAACUCGUUAAAUCCAAAUAAAAAGCGAGUUGCGUCGUAAGUCGUUACCUUGCGUCGAUAGGUAAAAAAACGAUUUGACGUAAUCUUCCUGCCAAACAGGAUCUUUGGGCGGUCCGGCCUGUAGCUACGGACGUCCAUGCCCAUAGCAGGAAGCGGCCAGCUAGCAACAAGCUGGGUGAUUGGGAACCAACACAAAUCGCUCUGGUUUGUCAACAAAUGUGAUCGAUGUCGCGGUGCUGUUAAAAGAUGGAGAACCUAUGAGCAUUUGGAGCUUUGAAGGACACAUUGUUCAAUCGCGUUUAUUGAGAGACUGAGGACUUUUGUUUCUAACCCCUCAUGGAAAUUAUUUUUGUGACUUUUUCUCUUCAUCUCACCUAAGUGAUGCCUUCAGCACAUGGACCACAUCAUUUCAUUAUGGAAAGGCAGAAAGCAUUGAAUAGUGUCUCUUCAACACAGUUCGGUGGAGAUCCAUGUACCUUCAUCUGUACAGAGUGUGGUGAUGGGUUUUCUCACUACACACAAGUGUUGGCCCACAUGGCUAUUCAUGGACCUUUGGAAUCAUUUUCUUUUGAUGGAUCAUCCAAUGGAUUUGAAGUCCCUCGAGAAUACGUGCUGCAAGAAAAUGGCACAUUAGCAGUUGUAAACGGCUUUCCGCUGUCGCAUUCCUCUGCAAAACCACCUUCUCCUGAAGUCCUGCCACAUUUCACACCCUCUGUCAAACCUUUGUCUCCUAAUCCAAGGCCACAGUCCGUUCCUGAACCAAAUUUACAGACGUCAAUGGACUUGAACAAUGCAAAGGAAAAGCCUUCCAAGUUCGAUUACCGUUGUGAAAUAUGCAGUAGAUCAUUCAACAGCUUGCAAAGUUUACGUACCCACCAUCAGUACAGGAACGCAGAGCAAAGUUACAGGUGUACAUUGUGCUGCAAGAUCUUUGAAGGUGGACAAGCACUAGAGUCACACCUCCAAGAACAUGCACGAGAACGGUUCCAUUCCUGUAGCCAUUGUGGAAAGCGAUUCGUGAAACCGUAUGCCUUGGUUGCGCAUCAAAAAGAGAGUCAUAUUUCUGUAACUGAUGAAAAUUCAAAGAACAAUGAGGGAAACAAGUUUAACAAAAUGUACCCAUGUCGGAAAUGCAAGUUACAGUUCUUUUGGUUGUCAGAUUUUCAGACUCACGCACAGCACCAUUGCAAAGGUAAAGCGUCAAAUGCUACAUUUGCAUCAGAAAUUGACAUGAAGUCCAAAAACAACAAUGCUAGACCAGUUAAAAAUUGUUACAGUAAUGGCAAUUUUAUUGACCUCAAUGAUGGUAAUGACACGAGCCAUCAGAAUUCAAGCUACAAAUUUCACACUACACCAUCUAUCACACCGUACAGAUGUGGUUUAUGUGGGGAUUGUUUCCCAAAUUUAAUCAGACUUAAAGAGCAUCAGCUAACACAUCGGAAUAGGGAACCAUACCAGCAGAAUCAAGAAUUGAUCAACCCCAAGCAAAAAAUAACACUUAAAUUCAGACAUAGAAGGGGAAAAAGUAAAAAUGGCAAACUAUUUUCCUGUAAGGUCUGUCAGCGUGUCUUCAAUCAUUCAAGUAGUUUGUCAAGGCACAUGCGAUACCAUAAGGGUACUAUGCACAAAUGUACAUUUUGUGGUAGACAGUUCCCUCAGCGCUGUGAUCUAAUAAGGCAUCUAACCCUGAAUCACAAAGAUGACAUAGAAAAGAAACCAGGAUUGAAACACUUGUUAGUACGACCAGAGGCCCACAAUUCAGACAAUAAACAGCCCACAUCAGAAGUAGAUCUGGACAGGAUGAGACAGAAGAAAGCAGGCCGGGUCAACUACAAGUGUCAAGAAUGCGGGAAGAGAUUUCGGCUGGCAUAUGUUUACCAGCGUCAUUUGCGCUCUCACAAAAGAUGUCACAAUAAGUGUCCCAUAUGUCCUGCUAAAUUCAUGAGUGCUUCCACACUUGAGGCUCACCUUAAGAAUCACCCAAGCGGUUGGCAUAAACCCAUUGUGGAACAAUCAUCUCAGGCCGCUGGUACGAAUGGGAAGCCUGUGAAGAGUCAUGUCGAUGAUAUAGAGGACGAUGACAUGGUGGACCACACCCUAAAUGACAAAGGACAUUCCAGUGUUGUUUAUGAAUGCACUGAGUGCACAGAGACAUUCUUGCACCUGGAGACUUUUCUUCAACACCAGGCUUCUCAUGGCUCAGAGAACAAUGGGUAACUAUGAUGUUUGUCCUCCAAGUCAUUGUUUUUUUUUUUUUUUCCAUUUUAUUUAUUUUUUUGUUACAAAGUAUGGAGCUCUCAAAGAGCCGAACAUUUUCUUACAUGUCAAUGAUUAAUGGUGGUAAAACGUUUAGACAAUUUUCUGAGGCGUGUGGGCAGAUUUUUUUUUCUUUUUUUGAGGACAUUUUCAAAAGCCCUGACUAAUACUAAAUACUUGUGCAUUGCUAGUAAACGUACAAAGUUAAAUACAUUAAAUCUAAUUGUAAGCAUUUUCUCUGUCUCACAUUGUAGUUAACCAGAAAAUUCCAUCCAAGAACUGGAGAAAUAAUUGUUACUUUCCAUGGUAUCGUCAACGGUAGCCCACAUUUGUCACGGUUUACUUUCAUUGUUAUAGUUUGUUUAUCCAAUUUUCAAUGCAACACAAUGGUUAUUCAUUUGCAUUUUUUAAAAAUUAAAUUUAUGAAGAGAAAUUA